AUGUCCAAACACACAGUCCUGCCUCUAUUGAGGCGAGAGCUACGAUCCUCUCGAUUCUCAUCCUCCAUCCCCGCCAUUGCCACCCCAGCUCGCCAGCCAGCUCAGUCGAGAGCCUUCGGAACACGGCUAGCGCGGCGAACGACGCUCUUCACCGCACCCCCGCAAACCCGGGCCUUUUCGCAAUCGCUCUCAAAACGCUUCACCGACGAGAAUGGAGACUUUGACCCCCGCGCAUUGGAGCGCGAGUCAGAUGAUGUGGAUGUGUGCAUUGUUGGUGGUGGUCCCGCCGGUCUAUCCGCCGCAAUUCGCUUGAAGCAGCUCGCCAACGAGGCAGGCAACGACGAAUUCCGGGUCAUUCUGUUGGAAAAGGCUGGUGAAUUGGGUGCCCAUAUCGUUUCUGGAAAUGUUUUACAGCCAACUGCUCUUAACGAGCUUCUUCCGGACUGGCUGUCCGAAGAUAACCCCUCGCGCUUCGAGGGUGCGACGCCUGCCAAAGGUGAUAAGAUGCGCUUCUUGACGAAGAAUGGCUCGUACCCCCUCCCCACGCCGCCGCAGAUGCACAAUGAAGGAAACUACAUUAUCAGUCUGAACGAACUGACCAAGUGGUUGGGGGAGCGCGCCGAGGAAGUCGGCGUGGAGGUAUACCCGGGUUUCGCUGCUAGUGAGAUGGUUUAUAGCUCGGAUGGUGCGGUCAAGGGUGUUGCGACGAACGACCUGGGUCUUGGCCGCGAUGGCAAGCCCAAGGAAACAUUCGAGAGGGGAAUGGAGUUCCAUGCCCGUGUCACACUCCUCGCGGAGGGCUGCCACGGUAGCUUGACCAAGCAGGUCUCGAAGAAGUAUGAUCUCCGACGUGACAGUCAACCCCAGACCUAUGGUCUUGGAAUCAAAGAGAUCUGGGAGAUCCAGCCGGAGAAGUUCCGCUCUGGUGAGAUCACCCAUUCCAUGGGAUACCCUCUUCCCAAGGACACAUACGGUGGAGCAUGGAUGUACCACUUUGGCGAUAACAUGGUGAGUAUUGGCCUGGUGGUCGGGUUGGAUUACCCGAACCCGUGGCUUUCACCGUACGGGGAGUUCCAGAAGAUGAAGCACCACCCUAUGUUCAAGGAAGUUCUGGAGGGCGGCAAAUGCAUCUCAUAUGGUGCUCGCGCCUUGAACGAAGGUGGUUUCCAAUCGAUCCCCAAGUGCGCCUUCCCCGGUGGUGCCUUGAUCGGUGACACCGCCGGUUUCUUGAACGUGCCCAAGAUCAAGGGCACUCACACCGCAAUGAAGUCUGGUAUGCUGGCCGCCGAGGCCACCUUCUCCGCUCUUCAGAGUGAGAACAAUGGCACAGUCUUCCUGUUCGACUAUGAGAAGUCCUUGCGCGACUCAUCCAUCUGGAAAGAGUUGUCCGAGGUCCGUAACAUCCGACCCUCCUUCAACUCCCCCUUCGGCUUCUUCGGUGGCCUCCUCUACUCCGGCCUCGAAGCCUAUCUCUUCAAGGGCCGGGUCCCCUGGACCCUGAGCCACCACGGCACCGACGCCGCAGCCACCAAGCCCGCCUCCGCCUACGAAAAAAUCGAUUACCCCAAGCCGGAUGGCGAGAUCAGCUUCGACAUCCUGACCAGUGUGAGCCGCACCGGCACGAAUCACGAGGAGGACCAACCGGUCCACCUGCAGGUUGCGGACUGGGAUAAGCACAAGGAUGUUGCAUGGCCCAUGUACAAGGGUAUUGAAAACCGGUUCUGCCCCGCAGGCGUCUACGAGUACGUGGAGGACCCUAGCAAGGAGCACGGAGUCCGGUUCCAGAUUAACUCUCAAAACUGUAUUCACUGCAAGACCUGUGACAUCAAGGUGCCCACGCAAGAUAUCAAUUGGCAGACGCCCCAGGGUGGAGAAGGUCCCAAGUAUAUGAUGACCUGA